GAGCCAGAGGAGGAUGACCAUCUGCCCAAGAAGAAGUGGGCGACUGUAGACGCCUCGUACUACGGAGGGAGAGGAGCAGGAGGGAUCAAACGCAUGGAGGUGCGAUGGGGAGAGAAGGGCUCUACAGAAGAAGGGGCAAGGCUAGAGAAGGCUAAGAAUGCUGUAGUGUCUGUUCCUGAGGAGGUGGAAGAGCCCAUGAUGCCCAGACGGGCCCCCAAACCCAAACCUACAUACCAACAGCGCCAGGAGUCCAAAUGGUAUACCCCUAUAAAGGGUCGACUGGAUGCCCUGUGGGCAUUGCUUCGGCAACAGUACCACAGAGUUUCUCUCAUAAGACCGACCACUGCGGACAAGGUAAGAAACAACCGCUGAUAUUCUUAAACCCAAACCCAAACCCAAAACCAA